AUGCGUCUAUUGCUGAUCAUUUUGCUUGGCUUUAGCUGUGGCACUCAGAGCUUAAAGUGUCGCUCCCAGGAUGGCGGCAGCGAGGAGGAGAUGAAAAGGACAGUGCGUAGUUGCAUGCAACGUGGCAGCCAAGGUCAGAACGAAGGCGAACGGCGCUAUGACAAUCAGCGCUACAAUUUCGAUGGGUCCUAUGGCCAGGAUUACAGACAAGGACAAGAGGGACUAGGACAACAAGGACAAACCUAUGGCAAUCGCUGGCAACGCAGUGUGAAACACAACGAGCACAACAACAGCAAUAACAGAGGAAACAACAAUACCAUGGAAGGAGAGAUGGGUGCCUGUGUGGCACAGUGCUUCUUCGAGGAGUUGAACAUGGUUGAUGCCAAUGGACAGCCGGAUCGCCGCAAGGUCAGCUACUUGCUGACCAAGGAUCUGCGUGAUCGCAGCCUACGCAACUUCUACAUGGACACGGUGCAGCAAUGCUUUCGCUAUCUGGAUCAAUCUCGCUACAACAAUAAUAAUAAGUGCAGCCAAGCUCGUGAGCUGAUCAAGUGCAUGUCGGAGUACGCGAAGGCGCAGUGCGAUGACUGGGAGGAACACAGCAGUCUACUUUUCAACUAAAACUUACGCCACUCUUCAGAUCCUCGACACGAUCCAAGUAGCGUUCGUGAUUAUCCUUGACCGCCUUGUCCGUAGUCUCCUCCACCUGGUAGAAAACGCACUCCAGCUGCUGCUGCUUUUCGGUUUGCAUGCUUCU